AUGAGCAGGGAGAACGCACUUGAUUUCCCGUUUGCGAAUGCUCCGGAUAUUAUUCGAGCGAACCAGAAGGACACAUAUGUGGAGGUGCAGUUGCGGGACGGCAUCCGCGAACUAGUUCAGUGGUUCAAGGGCGUCCGGUUCCUCAAUUCGCUCGGUCCGGAAAUCGACGCGGCAAGCACGUUUAGUUACCUUGCUCUCACAACCUUGGUGGGAGCACGGACGCUGGGUGAAGAGUAUACGGACUUGUUUUAUUUGACGCCAUCGUCGCAGAUCCCCAACUGGAAACGCCGGGGUGCGUAUGUGCUGACUGCGGGGCUGAUGCCUAUUUUGCUCCACCGCUACUUUGGCAAGCUGAAGGCCAAGGUUCUGGCUCGACUCAAGGAUGACUCUUUGCUUUACUCCGUAGUGGAGUCGGUUCAGCCGGCUAUGGUGUCGACGGUGAACUUGGCUCUCUUCUACUUCUUUGGCUCGUACUACCAACUGUCUAAACGCAUUUUCGGUUUGCGGUACGCCUUUGGUCACCGAGUUAACCCAUUGGACCCUAAAGGAAGCUACGAAUUUCUUGGGUUGUUGAUGGUGGCCCAAGCGUUUGUGAAACUGGUCAAUGCUGUCAGAGCCCGGUACCGAGCUGCCGACCCCGAGACACUAGUUGAAUCAACAGAGAUUGAUCUUGAGGAUCCGGAUGUGCUGCCUCAAAUCCCCUCCAACUCCCGCAUGUGCUCGCUGUGUUUCGAUCCUAUUAGGAGCCCCACCGCCACAAAAUGCGGCCACAUCUUCUGCUGGAGCUGCGUCUCGGGCUGGUGUCGAGUGCACUCAGAGUGCCCGGUAUGUCGCCAGAGCUGCGACGAACAGAAUCUACUCGUUUUACAGGCAUGA